AUGGCUGACGCGCCCACUGCGAGCGACGAGCUCUACCCCAUCGCCGUGCUCAUUGACGAACUCAAGCACGACGACGUCCUCCUUCGACUGAACGCCAUUCACCGCCUCUCGACCAUCGCCCUCGCCCUCGGCGCUGAGCGCACGCGCGAGGAGCUCAUUCCUUUCCUUGACGAGUCGGUCGAAGAUGAAGAUGAGGUCCUUGUCGCCCUCAGCGAGGAGCUUGGCAAUUUUAUCGAAUACGUCGGCGGUCCCCAAUGGGGUCACGUCCUCCUCUCCCCGCUCGAAAACCUCGCUGCCAUCGAGGAGCCCGUAGUCAGAGACAAGGCCGUCGAGUCGCUUAACAAGAUCUGCAUCGAGCUGUCCUCUCAGCAAGUCGAGGAAUACUUCAUCCCCCUGACCACUCGUCUCUCGAAAGCCGAUUGGUUCACAUCCAAGGUGUCGGGUUGUGGCCUGUACACUGCCCCUUACUCGAAAGUCUCUCCCCAGGUCCAGGAGACCCUCCGACAACAGUUCGGUCUCUUGGUACAUGACGAGACCCCCAUGGUGCGCCGCCAGUCUGCCACGCAUAUGGCCAAGUUCGUGAAGGAGAUGCCGGCAGCCGUCGUUGUUGAAGAGAUGAUACCCCUCUUCCAGCACCUCGCUCAGGACGACCAGGACAGCGUGCGGCUUCUCACAGUCGAGAUUCUCAUCUCAAUUGCCGAGGUUGUACCCAAGGAGCAACAAGCCAGCCACGGAGUCCUGCUUACGACCCUGCGGAGCCUGAUAGAGGACAAGAGCUGGAGGGUUAGAUAUAUGAUCGCCGACAGGUUCGAAAAGAUCGCCAAGGCGGUGGACGAAGAGGUCGUCUCAAGGGAUCUGGUUCCUGCAUUUGUCAAGCUACUGAAGGACAAUGAGGCCGAAGUGCGAACUGCGAUUGCUGGUCAAAUUCCUGGUUUCUGUGCUCUGGUCGACAGGACCACCCUUCUCAAGGACAUCAUGAGCAAUGUUGAGGACCUGGUCUUGGACACAUCUCAACACGUCCGUGCCGCUCUGGGUACCCAGAUCAGUGGCCUCGCUCCCAUUCUGGGCAAGCAAGAGACUAUCGACCAUCUACUUCCCAUGUUCCUCCAGAUGCUCAAGGACGAAUUCCCUGAAGUGCGCCUGCACAUCAUCUCAAAACUUGAGCUUGUCAACCAAGUCAUCGGUAUCGACCUCUUAUCUCAAUCUCUGCUGCCUGCCAUCACACAGCUCGCCGAGGACAAACAGUGGAGAGUCAGGCUUGCUAUCAUCGAGUACAUUCCUUUGCUGGCCAGCCAAUUGGGUGUCAAGUUCUUCGACGAGAAGCUCAGUGGGUUGUGCAUGGGCUGGUUAGGUGACACCGUCUUCUCUAUCAGAGAGGCCGCCACGCACAACCUAAAGAAGCUCACGGAAGUCUUCGGUGUCGAGUGGGCCAGUGAAGCCAUCAUUCCCAAGGUCAUGGCCAUGGGUUCGCACCCCAACUACCUGUACCGAAUGACCACUGCCUUUGCUAUCACAACACUGUCAACCGUUGUCAGCCUGGACGUUAUCGACAAGUCGAUUCUUCCCAUGCUUGAGAAGCUUGUGGAGGACGACAUUCCUAACAUCCGGUUCAAUGUCGCCAAGACAUAUGGUGCUCUGGUGGAUACACUCAAGCGACUGCCCGAGUCUGGCACGAUUUACGAGUUGGAGAAGGCCGGCUCAAAGGACCUGACAGCAGCACCGAAGUCUCUGGAGUUGAUUACUUCGAGGAUCUUGCCAAGUCUGGAGAAGCUGCAAAAGGACGACGAUGUGGAUGUCAGAUACUUCGCAACGACGGCAGCAGCGCAAGCCCCGGGUGCAGGUGGAGAACCGAUGAAUACGUCGCCGUAA